AUGAAUGUUUUGUUGUCGCCGCAGCCUCCAGUUUUCCCACACCACCACGAAAACCCUCGUUUGUCUCCUCAGCGAUCUGUUUCACCACUACUCGGCAUGUCAAAUCGAAAGCGAAAGGCCGAUGAUGAUGGGGACGAAACCAUGUCGCCAUUGAGCUCGCCUGCCAUCUCAGCUCGACCACUUGUACGCCCCUCGAAAAAAGUACGAUCCAACGAGCUUAUCGGUCGACCCCUUCCCUUGCCUCGACUUCUGGAGACUCUCGAUGCCAGCCAGCUAAGGAUGGUCCUGGAACGGCUCUGUGAACGCCACCCGGAUAUUGGACAGGAAGUUGUCGUCGGGGCGCCUCGACCGUCCGUUUUGUCUGCCCUGGACGUUUUGCAGGACUAUCACGUCAAGCUGAAGGAAGCCAUACCUUACGGCGAAUCAAGCCCUGAAUAUACCUAUUAUCGAGUCAAGGAACCCUUAAUUGCCCUCAUCGAUGCUCUAUCCGACUUUACACCCCAAUAUCUCCCACCUAUCGAGACACAGCCGACUACUUCAUUGCAGUUCCUUGAUGGCGCCACAAAACUUAUCCACGACCUGCCCAACUGGGAGCCCCAGGCUUAUCGCCAUCACAAGGAAAGUGCAUACGAUGAUAUUUCACGGGCCUGGGCUCUGGUCAUUACUGAGGCUGGUAAACGAGGUGGCGGCCUUAACUUGCACACUGGCGGGUGGGACCAGACGCUGUCUCGUCACAAUGAACAGUCAGGAGGGCGUCUCGGCACUGCCAUGUCCGCCAUGGCUAGCAGUGUAGGCUGGAUGGGUCCGGGACCUAGCACGCAAGGCAACCCGUCUGAGCAGAAUUCUAUUCUCAAUCGACUCAUGUCCGGCUCAUAUGGAUCCCCCGUGCGGGUUGGGCCUUGGUAA